AUGAGUCAGAUGCCCAAAAAAGGUGACUUUCUCCACGUUUUUUUUUUGAGACAAACGACGAUUUUCCAGUAAACGCUGCAAAAAAGAGCAAGCAAGCAAAGAGCAAAGACGCGUCCCGAAUGCAGAAAACAGUGCAGCCUUCUGCAAUGUCCAAAAUAACCACAGUGGUCGGUCACUUUUACAACUUUUUUUGGAUUUCUUCCCUUUUCAGUCGACUGCGUCCGGCCCAAAGACUCCGAACGUCGAAAAUGGCGACAAAUCGAGGAGGAAGAAGACAAAGAAGCCGUCGAGAACGAAAGAAGGAACGAAGGAAGAGAGCAUCAAACCGAAGAUGGCCUUGUUCGAUUCGGCCGGCGGAAAGAAGUAUCGGGUGGUGGGACACUUCAGGAACCCGCACAAACACGCAGAGUUCUUCACGAAAGACGAUAACGGAGUGGUCAGGACACUGGUUUUUAGGCUUUUCUCGAGAGUUGAUCACUUUCAGGUGCACAUGCUCCGACUAGAGCCGAACAACCGAGCAAAGUUGAAGUUUAUGAGUGAAAUUCUGACGGAAACGAUAAAGGCUGCAGAGGAUGAGAAACCGCCGCUUGUGCAGAGCAUCGAGUACGGAACGAGCACCACGUUGGAGUGCAACGUAAGACUCACUUUGUGGUCGAGCUCAUCCGAGUAUUUACACAUUUCCAGUACUUGAUUCUGAGCGCGUACGGAAUCCAAAUCGGGGAAGUGCUGAAGAUUGUGAAAACGUUCACUCCGGGAUGUGCCCUCAACGUGUCGAUUCAGUGCCUGGACGCCAUCCGUUACAUGCAUCAAGCGGGUUACGUAAACCGAAAUAUCAAGCCUGCGACGUUCUCGAUCGGGUUCGGAGACAAGGAAACGAUUGUGAUGAUGACAGACUUCCGACUGGCAAGAACACAUUUCGAGACGGGGACCAAGAAAGUUCGGAAGGCGCGACAGACGGUUCCUUACUGCGGAACCGCCCGUUAUGUGAGUUUGGCCGGACUCCGAGGGAAAGAGCAGGGACGGAGGGACGACCUGGAAUCCUGGAUGUACAUGCUCUACGACUUGCUCGACCCUGUGAAUGGUCUCAGCUGGAGAACCAUGACGAGGACGCAUUUGAGUAUGCUCAUAAAGGAAAAAGAGAACUUCAAGAAUCAUGUCAAUCGUUAGUCCCCCCCUUCUGUGAUCUUCCCAUAAUCAUUUUUUCAGCGUUGACCUACAAAGUGGUCCCGGAAGAGCUCAAGAAACUGGUCGAUCUGAUUCACGGGCUAAAAUACGAAAGUGCUCCGGAUUAUGGGUCAGUGAGCAACUUGACGAUGACUUUUUGAAUCGAAGGUUUUAGAGCGAUAAAAGAGAUUUUGGAGAGCACUGCCAAGGCCAAGAACUACGAUCUAACAGCUUGUGAUUGGGCGGGGAAGGUCACUCCAGAAGCACAAGCAAAGGCGGUCGCUGAAGCAUUGGACAAGUCGGACGGAAACGUUUGCUCCGGAGCGGACGACUUUGAGUGAGUGCCUACCGUAAUCCUGUCCUCCGACUUAAACUGGCCUCGCCCUUUUGCCACCCUGGUCCCCCAGUUCAUCGGAUCUUUCUGUUUUGCAACAUUUCAUUUUAUUUACUGCCUAUUUACUGCUAACUAAUACAACUGAAAAUCGGUCCGAUCGUUGACAAAUGCCCACUAACCAAGUUCGGUCGCGACCCACUCAGAGGAGGCCUUCUCAAGAACGGAGUCGUCCGCAAAAGACUAACAAGAAAAAGUUUUAGAGAGCAACGGGAAAUGUUUAAUUCUUUUCUAAAAAACGAAUUGCAGACACGGAAAGAAGAAGCCCAGCCGGAAGAUAAUGAAUCCGGACGAUACGAUCAAGAACGGUCCGUUCACUUGGAAAGUGGUCAACCUGCUCGGAAGCGGAGGAUUCGGCGACGUCUACAAAGUGUACGAGGAGAAGAACAAGAGCAAGUGCUACGCGCUGAAGACGGAGAGCGAGGAGGGCAAGAAGGUGAUGCUGCGGCUGAAGGUCGAGAUGCAGGUGCUGAUGGCGAUCCAGGACGCGCGGAAGGCGGAUCCCAAGUGUCUGCGCCACUUUGUCGAGUUUGUCGACCGAGGAAAAAGCGACGAUCUGAAGUGCAAGUUCAUUGUGAUGAGCCUCGUCGGUCCGUCUUUGGAUGACUGCCGCAAGAAGUACAAUGUCUGCUUAAACAGUAAGCAGACGCCCUACAUUAUUGCGAUUCAGAGUUUGGAGGUGAGGCUGAGAGACUGCGAAACGAUGAAAUGGUUUGCGUUUUCAGGCGGUCCGUGAUCUUCACGCCCUCGGAUACCUGCAUCGUGACAUCAAACCGGCCAACUUUGCCGUCGGAUUCGGACCCGACGAGCCGACCGUUUUCAUGCUCGACUUUGGAAUCGGCCGCAGCUAUCUGGACCCGAAGACGAAAGAGCACCGCGCGCCGCGCAAGUCGGUCAAGUUCCUCGGAACUCUGCGUUACGCCUCGAGAGCCUGUAUGAAGGGAAUUGAUCAGGGAAGGAAGGACGACUUGGAGUGCUGGCUGUUCAUGGUCUUCGACAUUUUCGAUGAGGAUUCGUUGUCGUGGAGAAAGGAGCCCGACAGGUCACAGAUUACGCACUACAAGGACAACUUCUUCAAUAACAAACGUUAGUUUUUAUCUAAUUUCUGUAGAGACGCGUUAUCGAUAAGCGAACUCGAGAGAAUUGUCGGAAAAAGUUUCGUUCAACUUAUCGAUAAGACACACUGAUGUAGAGUGCGAAAAUUCAGUGCCGUCAAUGUACGAUUCGGUGCCGCACGGAAUGAAGUACAUUGUUUCGUACGUGGGCAAACUGCAGUUCCAAUCCACUCCCGAGUACGGAAAUCUGAUCGUCCAACUGACAAAUCUGGCCGAAACGUCCCGAUUUCCGAUCAACAACAUGAACGGCGGCGGUUGGGUCGGAAAGCUGAAGCAGAAGAUGAAAACGGAACGAUUCAAAGACUCGGACUCGGAAUCGGAUCGCGUCUCCGGAUCGGCAGACGACGACUGA